UUUGCUUUAGCCUGAGAGGCAAAGAUUAGCAUACAUUACCAUUGAUCUCAUCUUAGUGCUGAUUCUCGUAUCCAGGCAGUAGGACAGCAAACCGCUGUUACUGAGCUAGCACUAAUUAUCUGGCACACUGCAACUCAUUGUGACAGACUUACACAUGUUUACAGACUCAUGUGUAACCGCACAGCAACAGAGGCAUUAUUAACCAGAGCAGUGGGAAACUGUAAACGUUUAUAGCUUUCUAGCUAGCUCACUGUAUUACUUGUAGUCCCAUCGAAGCAUUUUACAGACACAUGGAGGAGAAGAAGGAACCCACUGGAGAGCCUUGUUUUGUGGGGAAGAAGGAUGAACUCAUCCAGGCAAAGCGCUCUUUCAGAACAAUAGAAGGUCGAGAUAUACUGAUCAUCCACCACCAGGGAGUCUUCUACGCUAUGGACUCAUACUGUUACCAUGCUGGAGGGGCCCUGCAGACAGGAGACAUAGAGGAAUUGAACGGCAAGCUGUGCAUAAUUUGUCCGAACCACAAGUACAAGAUCACUCUGGCCCAAGGGGAGGGCAUAUACAAGGCAUCUGACCCAAGGGAGAAGCCGCCUGUGCCCAGAUGGUACUCCAAGGGUGUGAAGCAGCGGACCCACACUGUCACUGAGAACAACAACGGAGACGUCUAUGUCAAACUCUCUGACAUAGCAGGCUGGAUCGAGUCCGACUUUUACCAGGGCGAGAAGGGCAAGAUAGAGAGGGAAAGAGCUGCUGCGGAGAAGGAUUCCUGAUAAUCAUGUCACAGAUAGAUGAGGGUGGCAUUUGUAUAGUCUCUUCUUUUCUCUCCUCUAUGAUUACACGAUGGCUUUGUUAAGAGAGGAUUUUUAACGACAUGCAGUUUGUUUUGUACCACACAAAAUCCCUUAGGCUUGCACUGGCUUAAACGUUGUUGUGUUUUUGAAGCAUUUGGGACUAUUUAGAGUUUUUAAUUGCUUUAUUUAUGUACCUUAUAUUUACAUUUUUUCAACCAAAAAUCCUGUCAUCUCUAGGCCAUCAUGCUGCCAGUAAAUAAA